GAGAGACCAGGCCCGUGCACCAAACCGGCCUUUGUUCGCGGCCCAUCAGCGUCAAGAACAGACAGGGGAGUGCAAAGGGAAUAACCAUCUGUGAUAUACUGCAAUCAAGAUGAUGCGUUGAGAUGAAGCACGAGCGGCCUCGCGCACGCGCAGCUAUGGAGGCGAAUGUCACAGAGCUAUGGCAAAUUGUGGAGGCGCUGCAGGUCGAGGUCGGGUCCAUGCAGACGGACAUGGACUCCAUGUGGCUCAUGGUGGGAGCCAUCCUCGUCGUGUUGAUGCAAGCAGGGUUCACUAUGCUCGAGGUCGGUUCAGUUGGGGCCAAGCACACCAAAAACUUGCUGAUCAAGAACAUCCUUGAUCUGGCCGUUGCGGCCGUGAUGUGGUGGGCGGUCGGGUGGGGGCUCGCCUUCGGCAAGGGGGCCGAGGAGAACGGUUUCAACCAGUUCUUCGGACCAGUUUCCUCCUUCACGCGGGGGGAAGAGUUCGUGGACGAGGCGGGGAACUACGGCACGGAGAACGGGUACAGCUGGGCGCUGUGGCUUUUCCAGUGGAGCUUCUCGGGGACGGCCGUAACAAUUGUAUCUGGUGCGGUGGGAGAGAGAAUUUGCAUGUCCGGGUACUUUCUGUUUGCACAGGCCAUGGUUGGGCUCAUCUAUCCCACGGUGGUGAGAUGGGGAUGGAACUCACAUGGGUGGGCGUCCGCUUGGUCGAGUACCAGGGACGACCUUCUCUUCGGCUGCGGGGUCAUCGAUUUUGCGGGCUCGGGCGUGGUUCACGCUACCGGAGGAAUGGCGGCCCUCGUGAUGGUCGUUCUCAUCGGACCGCGCUUGGGUCGUUUCUCCGACGGGGGUGCCAAGAACAAGAUGGAGCGGCAGAGCGUCAUCAUCGAGACGCUGGGGGCUUUCAUUCUGUGGGUGGGGUGGUAUGGAUUCAACGGGUGCAGCACGCUGUAUAUAACCGGCAACUCACACGUUGCAGCCAAGGCAAUGGUGUGCACCUCCAUCGCUGCCGCAUCGGCGGCGCUGGGGGUCGCCUGCGCCAGCUUGAUUCUGUUUCAGCAUGUCGGUCCUGGUCAGGUCAUCAACGGGCUGCUCUCGGGACUUGUUGCGAUAACAGCGGGCUGCGCUGUCGUGGAGGUGGAAGGAGCGUUCUUGAUCGGCACCAUUGCGGCCCUCAACUACCUCGGAUGUUCACGACUGUUGGAGCUCGUGCGCAUAGACGACAUGGUGGAUGCGUCGCCCGUUCAUCUCGCCAAUGGUGUGUGGGGCGUGAUAGCGGCGGGACUAUUCGCCUCUCAAGAGGGGUACAGCGCGUCCUACUACUCCGAGAGAGGGAGUAUGUGCUGCGGAUUGCUGUACGGCUGCGGACCACGUCAGCUGAUGGCCAACAUGGUGUUCGUUCUGUCGGUUUUGGUUUGGGUGGGUCUGACGACUCUCGCGAUCUCUCACGGCGUCAAGUACAUGGGCAUUCUGCGCAUCAGCAACGUUGUGGAGCGAAUGGGGACGGACUCCGCCGCUCACGGAGGUUCGGACAUGCCGGAGUUCGCAAAGAACCUACUGUCUCGGAUAGAAGCCCUCGCGGCAAAGGCCGGCUGCACCGACACCCUGGAAGGCGGCGAAUCUUGUGGUCCCAGCGGGGUCCACUCGAUGGCCCCUUCAAUCGCAUCCGACAGUGCACCCCAGAGAUGCAACUCACCGCUUUUCGAGGGCGGUAGAAAAACGAUGUUUUGAAGGAGUCGAUGGGGUUGGCAAGGUGCAACAAUGCAUGUGCGACAGAGAGCGAGACGCGCGGAGGACACCAACCAACGUUUAGCUUGAUGGGCUGAAGAACAGCGUAGGUGUUUCAGAAGGGAGUGGCUGCAAAAAACUCCGGCGGGAGGAGUCGACACGGAAAGCAUGCACGGGCGAAUUGAAUUGUGUGCAUGGAAGAAAGACAUUUGUCCAGACGGACGGAUGGGCAGGCAGACUGUAAAACGCGCUGUAUUGUUGUUCGUGCAUUUCAUCAUUCCUUCUCCAGUCACCCUUUUUUUGUACCUUGCUUGGCACCCAGGAAUUAUUGCGGUUGUAUUCAGGAGCGGGUUGUCAUAUUGAUGAGCUGGACACCGAAGCCUAGUGUAAGUGUAUAGUCUACGUAGUACGUGGUACAUACAAGCAGUACAUACACACAUACAUAUAGAGUAUUUCCACACCCUGUACAAAUACAAAUGAACAAAGUUCAAAUGAAUGGUAUUUGUACGCGGUCGCAAAUACCCGUUAUUUGUCUGGAAACAAAUAUUUGCGCACGAUCUUGACCCAGUAUUUGUCAAUGGAACCGCCUCUACCCGAUCGUUCGACACCAACACUCGACGCCCCUUAACACAAACCGAAAUAAAAAUCUUGCACACCUACCUACCUCUAGGUUGAUGGAGCGGGGUUGGCCCGGUCGACGGAAAAUAACCACGAACGACAGACAGACGCGGACACGGGCAUUUCACUGGGUCGUAGAAAUAUAGCACGCGACAAUACCUUCUAUACAUUUCAUUAAGUUAUUCAGUUGGCUGUGACCACGUUGGGUUUAUCUUGUGUCUUGACUUGUUGAAUAGUAGUCUAGGGGACAAGGAUCUUUCGGAUAGAUGUUACCAUGGAACAAGUUGCAACACAUAACAACGAUCGCGGACAGAUAUUGAAGAAUUGGUAG